GGCGACGUGACGACGAACCACGUGACCGUCAGCAGAGCAAGCUUCAUCUCCGGUUUCCAGCUGAUAGUUCUAACUUUUUCCUCCCGUGCCUCCGGUCUGCAUGGACAACAUGAACUCGUUUGUGGAAUACUCCAUCCAUAACCGAGCGGGCACCAGCGCUUAUUCUGCGCCCAAACCUGGAUAUCAUCAUCAUCAUCUUCAUCACUACCCUCUGGAGCAGCACCAGAGCUUCCCGGUGACCUCCGGUGCCUUUCAAACAGCACCAUCCGGCUCUGCAGCUUCUGUUAGCGGCACGAGGACUGAUAGCAGCACCGGGGGGGCGAGUUACACCGGGGACACGCGGCUGUACGGGGGCACCGGAGGGACAACAGAGGCAAGCCAGCAUCAGCAGCAGCAGCAUCCGCAUCAUCACCAUCAUCAUCACGAACAGCAGCAGCAUCAGCAGACUCACAACGGCUACCACCAUCAUCCUCACCUGCAUCAAACCCAAACCGGAAUAAUGCCUCCGUAUAACACCGGUAACACCGGGACCUACGCGGGCCAGGCGUGCCAAACCAACUCGGAUUACUCUGCAGCGACGGGCCCCCAGUACUUCAUGGAGGAGUCUGUGGCCUCCACCUACUAUCAUCAAUCAUCCUUCCCUAGCGCGGCCCCCACGGUCGGGCCCAGCUACGGGGCCCUGGCCGGGGCCUACUGCGGGCCUCAGGGCGCUCUGGCCGGGUCUCAGUAUCCGCAGCAGCUUGGUGGAGGUCUGGACGCAGCGGGCUAUCUGGGGCUCCCACAUGGGGGAGGAUACGGGGAGCUACCGGCCUCCCAGGACCGGGAGAGGGGAGAUGAAGAAGGUCAGCAGGCCGGGCAGGGACAGACCUUCGACUGGAUGAAGGUGAAGAGGAACCCACCGAAGACAGUCAAAAUCUCAGACUUCGGCCUCGCGGGCGCACAGAACAACGCCAUGCGCACCAACUUCAGCACGCGGCAGCUGACUGAGCUGGAGAAGGAGUUCCACUUCAGCAAGUACCUGACGCGGGCGCGGCGCGUGGAGAUCGCAGCCACCCUCGAGCUCAACGAGACUCAGGUGAAGAUCUGGUUCCAGAACCGGCGCAUGAAGCAGAAGAAGCGCGAGCGGGAGGGUGCGUGCUCUUCCACUGCGCGCUCCUCUUCGUCCAACAAAGACCUGGAGGACACGGAUCAGUCCUCCGCGUCCACGUCUCCGGGCGCGUCCCCGAGCUCUGAGACGUAGGAGUACAAACUUGAACUGAGUGACAAUAUUUAAUGCGUUCCUUCAUAUGAACUGAGGCUCAUAUCCAGAGAGUGUUCUUAUACUUCUGUUGCGAUUUCCUUCAUGUCCCAGAACUCCUUUAGCAAUCUCAGCCUACCUGGACUUGAGCAUUCAAUCAGUUUUAAAAGUGAAGAGAGGACUCAACAGUCAAGCUAUCACACCUUAAUCAAACAUUCUCAUUUGGUGUUUCUAAGCUCAUCCUUUCAACAUAAUAACUUCAAGACCCAUCAGGACAGAACAAAGCACUACAGCUGGAUUCUGCAGAGUUGAACCCGCCACAUUAUACUCUGACUUCAUGAGGUGCACUGAUGUUAGAACAAUUAAAUCUGACCUGCUAUGAGGAGAAAACAAAGGCAAAUAUUUGGUUGUUAUAUGGUAGUUGGUAAAGCCACAGGAGAUACAAAAAAAAAACCCUUACAUUAAUCAUUUAUCUUGAUGCCACUUGUGAGUCUGUCAUUAGCCUGAAAUAGACUUGGUCUCUGAAGAGCCUGAAUCAGACCCAGUCUCUGAAGUGAUUCCACUAAAAGUUCUUGUUUUGCCACUGACAGGCUCAGAUUGUUGUUCAAGUCUCUGAAAACAUUAGUAAAAGGAUGCAGAGACAGAAUUUUAUAUAUAUAAUAUAUAUAAUAAUAAUCAUCAUGGCGUGAAGUAUUUAGUUUUAACUGAAAAGCUGGCUGUACUACAACAAAACUGGGACCAAAACCUCUGCAGAGUCCAGCAGCUUGGGUGAUGAUAGACACAGUAUCUGGUGAACAGGGUAAUAAUGGAUUCCUCACAUGAUGAUGAUGAUGAUGAUGAUAGGAUGCACUUUGGUGUCUUAAUAUGAUGUCUGAUUUACAGGGUUUAACUGGUGUUGGGUUAUUUAUGGAUGAUAAUACAUCAUUAGAGCUCAAAUUCACAUUUUCUCUCACUGGGUAAAAUCAGAAGAUCAAUGUUUUUGCUUUCAGUGUGAGAACAAAAAACCCAUAAGAACAGAUUUUUUUAUCAGAUGCGGAAACUCCUCUGGAGGAUUUUAUGUCUGGGAACAAACUCAAGGAUAUGAAUCGUUGUUCACAAGAUUAAAAAUACAUAAUUUUAAAUAAACUAGCUAAAAUACGACACGUUAGUUUAUUCUUAACUCACCUGCCAGCCUGAACUGAAUGAGCCUUAUGAUCUGAAUACAGGGAGCCUUUAACGGCAAUAAUACACUUUUGUCUACUCUGAUUGUAGCUAUAAUUGUGCCGUUUUUAAAACCUUUAAUAUUUUUUGAUUUCUAAUGUCAAAUGUGAUUUAUGUGUGAAUGUUUCAGCGCACACAGCCCUGACCUUUGCACUAUGUGACUACAGGGUAAUGCAAAAACACAAAGCUGGAAUAUUCUGCCUCCUUUAGAUGUGAUCAAUGAUUUAAAAGGCUGAUUUACAGGAUUUUGUCUUAAACAUGUUAGAUAGACUCAGGGGUACAUUUGGAUUAUGUGUGUGUGAGUGUGUGUGUGCAAGAAACUACUGAAGUUUGAUAAACAUGUCUCCUUGCUGAGUGGGAAAAACGGGGGAAUAUACUUUGCUGCCUAGCCCUCCUCCCAUGAGAAUAAAUUAUUGGAUGCAUUUUAUGUUAUUGAUUGUAGAUGAUGGGAAAGCGUGUAUGUGCAGGGGGUGUUUGCCUUACAUGGGCGUCCUUUCCUGUUUUUAAAGCCUUUCAAAAUGACAACAUGAAGGGUUUUACAAGGUUAAAGGUCAGCCUCUACUGUGAACUGAUGUGACUGUUAUUUUUAUAAUGUCAGUGGUUUUGAAACGAGAGCAGACUGACUGAGUUUUAUUAGUUGUGCUGCCUUAGAAACACUUCAAUCAUGCUCCUGUC